AGAAAGAAAGAAUGAACCAAAAUCUGCUCUUAUCUAAGCCAGCAAAGUAUAAACCAGCAUGGCAGCUUCCAUGGCCAAUUCUCCAUCUUUUACAAAAUAGAGAAGAAAUGGCCUUAAUCCCUCAUUCCCAAGUUUUCUCUUCUUUCUCAGCCAUCAAUUCUUUAACAAACCCAUUUCCCAAAAUCUUCAGGACUAUCAAAAUCUCAGCUUCUUCUUCUUCAUCACCUAAUAACUCAAAAGAUGAACAGAUUGUUGAGACUGACCCUGUGAAGCUCGCAUUUGCAAAAGCCAAGGCGUAUAAGAAAGAAAUUAAGCCAGCUGAUUCGAUUGCCCAAAAUGGUGUGUCAGUGUCGGAAGCAGAUGACAGUGAUGAAAAAAUUGCAUUGAACAGUAACACUGUAAUAGAAGGAUCUAAUAAAGAGAAUGGGGAAAAUGACUUCAUCAAAAAAGAGAAUGAGAAAAGUGACAUAAAUGCUUUACCCAAAGAGAGUGUUAGAAAGAAGGAAAAGUUGUCGAUCUCAAGUAUUGAUUUUGUGGGGCUUGGUUUUUCUGAUAAUAAGAAGAGCAGGGGACUGCCUGCUGGAUUGGUUCCAAUAGUCGACUCGUUCCCUGGAGGAGACUUGCCUGACGUAGAAAUACUUGUUGGGGACACAAGUAAGUUUGUAGAUACCGAGACUUCAAAGUCAAGCCGCAUCCAAGAAGAUGACAUGGAUACCUAUAAGCCAAAGGUUUCCACCUGGGGAGUUUUCCCCAGACCGAAUGACAUCUCUAAAACUUUUGGCGGUGGAAGAACUAUACGUCCAGGAGAGGUACUUGAAUCAGCAGAAGAGAAGGCAUCCAAACAAGCACGUACGAGAGAGCUACUUGCUGCCUACAAGAGCAGAGUAGGCCUAACUAUUGACCCAAACCUAAAACUUGAAUGUGAGCAGGCACUGAAGGAUGGCGACUCUUUCAUGGACCUUGGCAACCUCAAGGAAGCACUACCAUUUUAUGAGAAAGUUAUGAAUAAGUUGCCGUUUCAGACUCAGCUUCAUGGAUUAGCUGCACUGCAGUGGUCUAUUUGUCAAGACUCGCUUCGUAGGUCCAAUGAAGCUCGUUCAAUGUACGAGAAGCUUCAGUCUCAUCCUAAUCCUGGAGUUAGCAAGAAAGCAAGACAAUUCAUGUUCAGCUUUCAGGCCAUGGAAAUGAUGAAGGUAACUAGCUCAACAUUCUCUUCCAUGAAUACUGGUUAUCAGAAUUAUUUCGACGCAUUUAUAAGGGAUAAAGUAAAUUAUUCCCUGAAAGAGGAUGAAGCAGAAGAUGGUGCAAUCCAACAAGCAAUCCCUUACAUUAUAUUUCUUCUUUUCCCUAUUUUUAUUGUGCUAUUAAUUGCUCUUAGAAAGGGUAUAUAAUAUAGGUUUUGUAUAGCAUUUAACAUCUUGAAACUCGAUCAGCAAAUAACAUUGCAACUGAAAUGCAUGUUUUCCCUAGUAUAUAUAUAUAUAUAUAUAUAUAUAUAUUGUAAUAAAGUUGUGGGCUUAGUUAUGUGGAGAUCGAGUUUGGGAUAUACUUGAAUUUUAUUGUUACUUGGGAUCAAGAAGGAAGAGUAACUCAAAAGUCAUGUAUACAUUUGACUAAAGACUUGACAGCACUUGUCGCAAGAGGAGCGGAGCUAGAUGAGGUUCAUAGGUUUUCCGUGGAACCUGUAUUUGUAUUAAAAAUUAUAUAAAUAUACAUAUGUAUAUUUAACUUGUGAUCCCGUAAAAAAAAUUGAUUGAAAGUUUACUAGCAUGUAAUGGUGAUAAAAAAUAUUUUUCACA